UUUUGUGCAAUUUGUUUAUUUAUUUAUUUUAUUUAUAAACGGCAGGAACUCAAGCUCAGUUGUGAGUUCAUUUCCAAUAUUGCUGAUGGAAGCGUGGCAGAAAUGGGAUGUGAGGGGAUUGGUUCUUUUUAGUCUUACCUUACAAAUUGUCCUCUCUGUCUUAGGUGGGCGUAGGAAAUACAAAAUUAAUCCUUUCUUCAAAAUCGUUCUAUGGUUUGCCUACUUAGGUGCUGACUGGAUUGUCCUUGCUACUUUGGGCAAGCUUUCCGGUUCAUAUACAGAAUCUCCCACCACCAAUGUCUUAAGAGCAUACUGGGCUCCUUUACUCUUGCUACAUCUUGGUGGCCCUGACGCUAUCACAGCUUAUUCUUUUGAAGACAACAAGCUUUGGAUUAGGCACCUCUUCAUCCUUGUUGUCAAAGCCAUUUUCGUCGUUUAUGUCAUUUGUUUGUCGUGGACCUUUUCUUGGAUCUCGUUUUUAAGUUUCCCUCUGGUCUUAGCUGGGAUUAUUAAAUAUGUAGAGAAGAUAUUGUGUCUCAAGCAAAAUAAUUCACAGAAAACAAAACCAGUCAUUUCUAAUAUCUUUAAUCCUCAAGGUCCUCAAACCAAUAACUCUUCAGCCCUUAAUGACCAUCUAAAUGCAAACCCAGAUGUGUUGCUUGCUUAUGUAUUGUUUAUAAUUACGAGACCAGAUGUUAAUGAUUACUUCUCAUCCCAUAAUGUUUCUGAAGUCAGAAAAAAGAUGAAAGCUUAUAUCAAAGAAACUACAGGUGUGGACGGCAUUCGUGUGUCCGAAGUCUUUAAUGACUUCGAUAGAACAAGUCAUGAGAGGUUUGGUGAUAUGUUCCAAUGUCUUGUUGCUGAAAUUGGAUUUAUAUUUGACGUUGUUUACACCAAAGCUGCUUUGAUUUACACCAAGUUAGGAUGCUUAUUGCGCUUCACCAGUUUCGCUAGCUCCUUGUCAGUUCUACUACUCUUCUUUAUCAGCAUAAUUAAUGAGCCAAAAUUCCAUUUCUCAAAAAUUGAUAUUGGCAUAACUGGCAUCUUAUUGAGUGGAGCUAUUGCACUGGACCUUUAUGCAGCAUGUGUAAUGCUUUCUUCUGAUUGGGCAAUUCUUGUUGAGCAAUUUCAUGAUAUUGUGUUCGUACGCAAAAUAUUUAACGUCGCCUUAAAGUGCUUCCCUUGCUUAUUGCAUCGAAGCAAAAGGCGGUCAAUUCAGAUGGGUCAAUUUGAUCUAUCGGAAUACUGUUGGCGUUACAAUAAAAGGAAGGUGAACCAAUCAUGGGGCAUUCUACUGAAGAUCACUAAUGCCCAUGAAAUUGUUGAAAUGUGGUGCAAAUACUGGUUCACUAAAUUUGUGGAAGUUCCAAAUUGUUUGAAAGACGGUUCCAAUGAAAUUUUGGACGACCUCUAUAGCUCAUUCUUUAGGGAGGAAGGAUUCAAGAUAUCAAGAGGAGAAAAGGCAAUACAACAUGAGCAACAAUCUAAUGAACUAAAAUGGAGCAUUGAAUUGGACUUUGAUCACAGCAUCAUAGUAUGGCAUCUUGCCACAAGUGUUUGCUGCUCGCAAGAGGAUGAUGGUGAUGAAAUGAAGAAAACCAGUAAAUACUUAUCAGAUUACAUGAUGUAUCUACUAGUUAUGUGUCCUGCCCUGAUAUUGCCCGAGCACAGCAAGAGUUUUUGGCUUGAUCAUGCUUAUGACGAGCUAAAAGGACUUGAGUUACCUGCAACUAAUUUACGAAAUGCUGCUUCCACAUUACUUUCUCAUCAAGAUAAUGUUCCCAAAGAGGAGAUUGAAUCCAGGUUUGAUGUUUUUAAUUUCUUUCUUUAAUAGAAUUAUAAAAUUAGAAUUAAAUUAAAAAUAUUUCUUUCUAAAAUCUUUUUUUUUUUUUUCAAAUUGCAUUGAGCACAAUGAGAAGAUUGAAUCUAGGUUUGAUUUUUUGAAUUAUUUUCAUAAAAUUAGAAUUAAAGUAGUUUUAUUUUUUUCUAAAUUUUUUUUUUACUUGCAGUGAGCCCAGAGAGGAGCUGGAAUCUGGGUUUGAUUUUUUAAUUUCUUAUUUUUCUAAAAUUAUAAAAUCAGGUAGUUUUAUUUUUCUCUAAAAUUCAUCUUUUUUUUUCAAGUUGCAGUGAGAGAACAUUUGAAAAUAUACAGGAAGAAAUGCUCCAACUAGUCACAGUUUUGGAGCGAUCAAGAAAUAAAUGGGAGUUGAUUAGGGAUGUCUGGAUGGAAAUGCUUUUUUAUGCAGCGGUUUCAAGUCAGCACAUUAAUCACCUUAAGCAGCUAGGAGAAGGUAUCGAAUUCAUCUCAAUCAUUUGGCUUUGCCCAAGUUUUUCUGUGAUGGCUAAUUUCUAGACAAACAACUAAUGUGAUCAACAUUUGGGGGUUUGGUGGCCUUUCAUCUCAGGUUUCGAACAAUGAAGUGCUACUAUUGUCACACCUUUAUACACAAUGGGAUUUCCUAUUAUAGGCAGAAUUUUGUUUGUGUUAACCCUUUUUUUCUUUAUUGACAAGAUAGAAAUCUAAUACUUCAAGUUAAUUCAACUUUACUUAUUAUUCACUUAAACAUGUGACUUAAUUUUGUUAGUUAGAUAUUCUCAUUCUUUAUCCAACACAUGGAAAAAAGCAUGCAAUUUGGGAUUAUUCUUUUCAUCCAAGCUCCUAAAUUCAUUGGCCAUGAUGUAUAACAUUUAUUCUGUUGGGUAACAUUUGCAUGGGGUGCUUAAGCAGUUUGUAAGUACUAUUACUAAGACAAGGGAAGGAAUUAGAAAGCUCACCAAAGCGUUUGUAAUAUAUAUAGCUAUCGUAUAUGUGCUUACGUAAUUAGUAGAUUAGAGAAUCUUUCUACUGAUUUAAUGUGAUUCUAUUUACUAUUCACUUAAAGUUAAAAUGAGACUUAAUUUUGUUAAUUAGAUAUUCUUAUUUUUUAUUUAACAUAUAGAGAAAAGCACCUAAUUAGGGAUCUUCUUUUCAUCCAAGCUCAAUUUCUUUGCCAUGCAUGAUCUGUAAUUUUUAUUCUAUGGUUUAACACAUGCAUGGGGCUUGCUUUAGCAGCUUGUAAGUAUUAUUACUGUAACAAGGGGAAUGAACCACAUAUAUAUAUAUAUAUAAGAGCACUUUUCAAAUUAGUAUUAGAAAUAAUAGAAUUCAAAUUCAAAUAAAAAACUAACUAAUCUUAAAUAAAACAUGUUAAGAUUUUAUGUGUGGCAUUUAUUUAUAUAAUUACAUAAAGCUAUUUAAAUUUCAGAACUCAAACAUGUUAUGCACAGUAGGUGGAAAGUUCUAAGGUGCUCUCUUAAAAAUACUCUCAAACAUGUUAUGCACAGUAGGUGGAAAGUUCUAAGGAAAUCAAUUUGGAUGCAUUUUUCACCUUUCUUUUUUCUAAUUUGUACUUUUAAUUUUUGCAAUGCAUUUGUCUGUUGAAGCAAAGAAUAGGAAUAAGUGACAGUGAUUUUAACUUUUUAGUGUUAAAGUUUGGAAUAACUUAACGUACUAAUCUUUUAAGUCUUGUAUUUAUAUAUAUAUGUGUGUGUGUGCGCGUGUGUGAUGUUAUCGUCCUUGGAGCGCAUAAAACUAUAACCUCCUA